AUGGUAUUUACAGGGGCCGCCGCUUCCAUCCUCCUCGUCGCGCUAGUGUUUGUUGUAGCCACCGCCGAUUACUACGUGCCACCACCAACUACGUACACUCCAUCACAACCUUACGUUCCCAAACCAACCACCACCUACACAUCACUGGUUGAGACUCCACAGUACUUGCCAAAACCAAACCCCGAUAUGGCCAUCGAAGGUCUCAUCUUGUGCAAAUCUGGCUACAAAACCUACCCUAUCCAAGGGGCCAAGGUUAAGGUUGUGUGUCCCAUCGUCGACUCAUAUGGAAAGCUAGUGGCUAAGGUUACAAUCUCGAGCUACCCAACGGACUUGAAGGGAUAUUUCUACUUCAUCGCGUACGGACUCUCCCUCAAGGUGAAGAACAUCAAUAGCUGCAAAGUUAAGCUUGAGAGUUCUCCGCUCUCCACGUGUAAGACUCCGACCAAUGUCAACAAAGGUGUCACCGGAGCUCCUCUCUCUUUCGACAACUCCAACUUUCUUAGCCACGACAAUUUGAUCCUCUACACCCUUGAACCUUUAUAUUUCUCUAGCCCCGUGGCUCCCAAACCGGUUUACUAGGGAUCGCGCGCGGUUUAUGAUUAUUACAGACUUUUAUAACAAUAGGGAAACUAAUUAUAUUCAUCGUUAUAUUUUUCGGUUCUUUCAACAAAAAUGUGUCUGACUGAAAAAGACUGAUAUUUAAAGCGUUGGUAUAACUACGAGGUUUGUAUAUAGUAGUCAUCAUUCAUU